AUGAGUGAAUCGACGAUCCGUCGCACCGAUCUCCGUCCUUUCGCCGACAUUCAUCGUAACGGCAUUAAUCGUUUCGAUCCUGUCGAGAAGACCACGAUCGAGAGACGAUCCAUCUCUCGGAGAAGAGAGAUAACCAAUCUCAUCACGUGCUUAACCGUCUGCAAAUUUCCUCCGCCGUUGUUCAGAUCGAGAACCGUAACCAGAUCUAUCGAAGGUCUAUGUGCUCUAAUCGUGUCGGAGAUCGACGACGGAGACGGAGAAGCUUUCAAUUUCAUCACCACGACGUGCGUCUCACUCCUCCUUCCGGUUUCCACCACGGCGGAUUCCAAUUGCAAUUUAACCUCCAGAUUACUGGAGAUUUGA